AUGAAGCAUCAUGGAGGACGCAGAGCCGCUGCGCGCGCUCUCAGCCCACAUCGCGUAAAAACGGACCAGGCGGUAUCGCCCUUAGAUAGUUUCCCGCAGCUUUCCGCUCUAAUCGCCGCGUUCCUUCUGUCCCUAGUCCCUCCCCGCGCUGCGCGAGCUCUCCGUCCACAGCGCGUGACGCGUACCGUACUUGUCUCCCGCCGAGUAGCCAUGGAGGACGCAGAGGCGCGCCGCUCUCGCCUUCGCAGCAUGCGCGAGUCCGCGGCGAAGCAGCAGGCGGCGUCCCCCGGCGCGCCCAACGCCUUCCGCCGCCCUCCUCCGCACUCCCCUCCCCCGACUUCUCUCCGCCGCUUAUCCGUGGAGCUCACGAGCAUGGAGGUGGUGGUGGUGGGAGGGAGAUGUCCCAUGAAGCCAUCGCCGCCUCUCUUAAGCCCGCUCAACCCCUGUCAACUGCUUUCAAACCCCCCUCAAAAUAUUGUAAACACCCCAAAACACUCCCGUAAUGUGGUGAUCACGAGCAUGGGAGGUGGAUGGAUGGCCGGGUUUGCUGGGGUGGAGUGGUCCUUGCCGCAUUACACCCCUCUUAAACCUGCUCAAAACCCCUUCAACCACUUUCAACUGCUAUCAACCAACCCCUUUCAACGUUUUCAACCACUCCAUCAGGUGGUGAUCACGAGCAUGGAAGGUGGAUGGCCAGUUGCUGGUGGUGGGUAG